AUUUUGAAUUUUUGAUUUUUGUUUUUUAGUCAGGAUUGUGAAUUUCAUUUGUGUUUCUUUUGAAUUAAACCUUUUGACUUUUCUGAAUUUUGUUCGUUGUUGAGCUUGAUCGAUCUUGAAUGACUUGAUUUCGUUUACAGUGUUGAUAGUUUUAUCUCAAAUGGGAGACUUAUGAUGCACCUCCAAUAAAAUUUCUAAUGUUAGAGAACUGGGGAAUAGCAAUAGUAACGUCUCUAUUUAUAAGUUAUAUCAAGACAUUCCGACUUUAGAAUCUUCUUUGAGUGGCAUUUUGAACAAUUAAAAAACAACAAAUCCAAACUCUUUUCGCUUCUCUUUUCCCAAUCUGAAGCCCCUCUUCUCACAAACCCCUGCGUCGAAAUCCCAAAAUCAUUGGAGUCUAAGAGAUUCGACUACUCACCAACCAUCGCUAGCGAGCUAGACAAACAACGAACCCCUUGGAGCCCACACCCCACCUCAGAGACCUUGACAAACACUGCAGGUAAGGUGGAAUCUAUGCAUGUCUUUACUGGGCACUGCUGGAGAACUCUACCACUGGCGAUUGUCUAACUCAUUCCUCACCGGCGAAAUCCACCACUAAGAAGCCCUGAUCCAUCUCUUACUGAUGAACUCCAACAUGGACAAGCCCUAACCUCAAGAGGUGGCCACCUUCAGUGGACUCCAUAAUCUGCCACUACUGGAGGCGUUGGGAAGUCCUUCAGAUCCUCUACCUCUACCUCUAACUGAUGAUGACAUAUGCAGAACCUUUGAGUCCAGAAGUUGAUGCGAUACCAGUCAACAUUGCUCCCAGAAGACCCCGGAUUCUACUUGCUGCUAGUGGGAGUGUAGCUGCUAUGAAGUUUGGGAAUCUCGUCCAUUCUUUUUGUGAAUGGGCAGAAGUAAGAGCAGUUGUCACAAAGGCUUCUUUACACUUCAUUGAUAGAGCAGCACUGCCUAAGGAUUUAUAUCUUUACACUGAUGAUGAUGAAUGGUCCAGUUGGACAAAAUUAGGAGACAGUGUGCUUCACAUUGAGCUCCGCAGGUGGGCUGAUGUUAUGGUAAUCGCUCCAUUAUCAGCAAAUACACUUGGCAAGAUUGCCGGGGGACUGUGUGACAACCUGCUGACAUGCAUUGUGCGAGCGUGGGACUACAGCAAGCCAAUGUUUGUUGCGCCAGCUAUGAACACCUUCAUGUGGACCAAUCCUUUCACAGAACGCCAUCUUAUGACAAUUGAUGAACUUGGAAUUUCUCUUAUUCCACCUGUCACUAAAAGGCUGGCCUGCGGAGAUUAUGGAACUGGUGCAAUGGCUGAACCUUUUCUCAUUCACUCAACCGUAAGACUCUUCUUGGAGACACGGGCUCAAUCAAGUAGCAGUAAUGUGCAGUAAUUGGGUAUGGUUAAUCUGUCUGUUGGAGAAGUCACCAGAGAGUUGGCUGAAAUGGCAUGUUGGAAAUGCUAAACGUAGUUCACUUGGACCGCAUUGAUUUUGUUAUGACCGUCCAUUAAACUUACUACAUCUUGUAGAUUGUUGGUAUCGGUGGAUUUGCAUAUCCUGUUUCUCAACAUUUCUAGUAGCGCCUUUGAAUGUUAUGUGCCUUGUGUAUUAAUGGUGAGGGAGAAUGUAUCAGUCUCCUGAAUUUCUCAAUCUCUGUGUAGACAUGCUUGAUGAUGCAUUCCUAUAAAUAGACUCUGAUUUCUGGAAA